AUGGUAGCACUGCCCUCACAGCUCAGAGAUGAGAAUCCAGCAGUGUCAGAGCUCAGACUAAAGCCACUGCUCAGUCUGCGCAGUAGUAAUAGUAAUAAUAAUGGUAAAAGACUGAGACUGGGUGGUCCUCAGAGAGACCAGAAGACUGGGUGGUCCUCACAGAGACCAGAGGACUGGGUGGUCCUCACAGAGACCAGAGGACUGGGUGGUCCUCACAGAGACCAGAGGACUGGGUGGUCCUCACAGAGACCAGAGACUGGGUGGUCCUCACAGAGACCAGAGGACUGGGUGGUCCUCACAGAGACAGAGGACUGGGUGGUCCUCACAGAGACCAGAGGACUGGGUGGUCCUCAGAGAGACCAGAGGACUGGGUGGUCCUCACAGAGACCAGAGGACUGGGUGGUCCUCACAGAGACCAGAGGACUGGGUGGUCCUCACAGAGACCAGAGGACUGGGUGGUCCUCACAGAGACCAGAGGACUGGGUGGCCUCACAGAGACCAGAGGACUGGGUGGUCCUCACAGAGACUAGAGGACUGGGUGGUCCUCACAGAGACCAGAGGACUGGGUGGUCCUCACAGAGACCAGAGGACUGGGUGGUCCUCACAGAGACUAGAGGACUGGGUGGUCCUCACAGAGACCAGAGGACUGGGUGGUCCACACAGAGACCAGAGGACUGGGUGGUCCUCACAGAGACCAGAGGACUGGGUGGUCCUCACAGGGACCAGAGGACUGGGUGGUCCUCACAGAGACCAGAGGACUGGGUGGUCCUCACAGAGACCAGAGGACUGGGUGGUCCUCACAGAGACCAGAGGACUGGGUGGUCCUCACAGAGACCAGAGGACUGGGUGGUCCUCACAGAGACCAGAGGACUGGGUGGUCCUCACAGAGACCAGAGGACUGGGUGGUCCUCACAGAGACCAGAGGACUGGGUGGUCCUCACAGAGACCAGAGGACUGGGUGGUCCUCACAGAGACCAGAGGACUGGGUGGUCCUCACAGAGACCAGAGGACUGGGUGGUCCUCACAGAGACCUAG